GGCAGCGUGGACUAUUUUAGAGCCUACAGCGACCCUCGCGUGCAUGCGUUAAUGCUGCGCGACUGGCACCGCGUGAGCAGCUAUGCGGCUGCCACUGCUUCGCUCGCUCCCCUCUUUAGGGGCAAAGUUGUCAUGGAUGUGGGGGCGGGAAGUGGAAUCCUUUCGUUUUUUGCUGCCGCUGCUGGUGCUGCCUCCGUUCUUGCCGUUGAAGGCAGUCGCGGAGCUGCUGCUCUGCUGCAGCGGCAGCUGCAACACAACGAGCGGUUGGGCCGGGUGGCUCCAGGAGUGGUGCGAGUCUUCUGCUGCAGGGUGGAAGAGCUGUCUGUACACCCCGACUUCCCGUUGGAGCUGUUGCAGGGAGUGGAUAUCAUCGUGUCGGAGUGGAUGGGCUUCUUCCUGCUCCACGAAGGCAUGCUGCAAUCCCUCUUGUUUGCCAGGGAUAUGUUUUUAAAGCCUCAAUCUGGUCUUCUGCUGCCCUGUGCAGCCCGCAUCCUGGUGUCUCUGUGCUCCUGCAGCGAGGUUCAUGACCAGCAAGUCGGCUUCCUCGACGAUUACUGCGGCUUCUCCUUCCUCCCUCUGCAGCGGCAGCUCCUGCAGCAGCAUGCCCAAACACCGCUCGUGCUGCAGCUACCUCCAAAGGCGUGCUGUUGCACUCCCCCCGCGAUCGUCGCCGAGCUAGACCUGUAUACUGCCACACCGCAACAGCUGCAGCAGAUCAAGCGCCAGGUGCAGCUUCAUGUGCACCAGGAAGCCACAGUCCACGGCUUCGCCUUCUGGUUCGACGUAACGUUCCCCGGCAGCUCGCAUGCAGCAGAGCACGAUGAGCGUCGCAGUGUCGCCGAUGGAACGCAGUCGAGCGCCGACGUUGCACUCUACAGGGGGGUACCGCCUUCAGAUCCCUCGGCAACUGCAGCCUCACGCCUUGCUGCUGCUGAAGCCGCAGUUCUACCUGCUGUACCCAAGGCAGCCAGCAGCUGCUACACUCCAAUCGAGCAGGCAGCAGCCGCUGCAGCGGCACGCGCCGCUGCAUCAUCAGAAACCUUCGCAGCAAAACCCCCAAGAGCCGGCAGCAAAGAAGCAGUCACCCUGAGCACCAGCCCCUUUGCACCCCCAACUCAUUGGCAGCAGCUGCUGCUGCUGCUGCCUCAGCCGAUGCAUGCCCCCUCGGGAAUGACACUCACAGUGGAGGCGCAGCUGCGGCAAGACGCCAGCAACCCCCGCUUUUAUCAGGUGUCUGUGGACGUUCUGGAUGCUGAGGUGCCAGAUGCACAGCCGCAUCAGGCCCUUAGCAGAAGCAAAAGCAUCUGUAGCGACAGCACGGGGACCGCCUAG